GAGGUCUCUUUGCAUGGUCGGAACGGAGGAGCGUGACGCCCAACGCGGCCAUGGCCACCUUCAUGGCACCAGGGUCCUUCUUCACCGUGGUGCACCUGAGUAUCGGCCAGCCGGGCGGGGACCUGAUGGGAGCGAUGCUCUUCGCCGACAGCACGCUCUCGUUCCUGGCCACGCUCGUGCUCCUCUGGGCGAGGCGAGCACUGUGGAGUCGUAGCUUCCACCCCAGCCACUGGGAUGAACCGCACGAUUCCAGACAACGCCACCGCGUUCCCGCGCGGCACGACAGUUGGGAGAGACCCCUAGCUGCCCUAGCUGGGAUCCCUAUAGGAGCCCAAAUAGAGGACCGGAGCAAAGGCAAGGGAGGGGGGUGGCUCACUCUUGGAAUCCCCAAGAGAAGGUGCGGGGAGGAGGCCAGCUCUGCAGCUUGGCUUCUUGUCACCCGUCACCCGUCACUCGUCUGCCAGCGGCGGUCGUUUGAGGGUUUUGCACAGUCCGUCUGCGGUUCCUUGACCCAAGUCCCAUUGGAUGACACUCCCGGCUCACUGGUCCAAUUCCAAACCAGUCUGAACCUUGCACACCCGGUUGCUUGCUCCACUCACUGGUCGACCGAAAUCAAACCUCGAUCACCCACCGUUGGUGAGCUUGCGGUUCCCAGCUCUGGUUUUGUAUGGUUUCGUUACCUCAUUCAGCUUGUAACAAGGAGGAUCGUGGAAGCGGACAGUUCGUUUGUUUGGGACCAAGAUGUCUGAAUUUUCCACCUCCAUGUUCGUUGGAUAGAAAGGUAAUGAAAGGUAUCCUUCCAGAAAUUGGCUUUGCUACCGCAAAAGAGUCCCUGUGGGAUGAACUCCUGGUUACCUAACAGAUGAUAUUGGAAUGCCGUUCCCUGGCAUUUACAAUGCACUCACUCUGAGGUCUCCUGAGGUCCUGAGGAUUUGAUGGGUCCAGGAGCAACCAUGGGCCUUUCGAACCCCGCGAACCAGGAGAAGAUGGAAAAGCAAACCCACAAAACAUGACACCCCGGCUGUAUCGUUCCCCCGGAUUUGCCUCUGUGUGAAGGUCAAUUUGGCAGCAUACGUGUUCCGUCUUUUUACCUUCAAUUCUCUUUUUCAUCCUUUUUCCUUCAGUUCCCAUCCAACGCGCCUUCCGUCUCAACCUCCUUCUGGGUGGC